GUCCAUGACAGAUCGUGAUAGAGAAUCAAAUCUCAAAGAGGUUAUAGUAGUUCCUUUACAUGCACAAAUACAUUUGCCUUCUCUUUUCCUGUAUUAAUGUGAAGCUGUAAGAGCACCUACCGCUGAUAACUCCACCCCCUCUUCUUUGUUUAUCCCCAGGACACAAACCAAACCAACUCAUCUCUGAUAUUCCUUUAUUUCCCUUUUUCUCUUUGCAACAAACCUCUCUACCUUCCCUUGCGUUUCUGGGUCUCAGAGAAAGCUACAUUUCAGCUUAGAUUCAGACUCACAUUAAGCUUGCUGAUGGGAAAAACCAGGUUUUGCAUUGUCUAUAUAUAAUUGGCUUUCUUGAACCAACCGUGGCUGAUUCAAGUUUCUUGAAAUGUCUCUUAUGAGCUGAAAAUGGGUUGGUUGGUCUCCUUUUGGAGAGAUCUAUGAUUCUGGGAUUAAGCUCUCCUUGCAAGAUUGAGUUUUUGUCGGAGAUCUAGAACUCUGGAUGUGAAGCGCCUCUGAGAAAGGCAGUGAAAAUAUGGCCACAGAUCUCAAUGCUGAAUUAUCCAAGGAUACUGCCAUUUUCAACCUUAAGGUUUGGGAGGUCAUAGGAAUCGUCGUGGGUUUGUUUAUCGUGAUCAUUCUCUCCGUAUUAUCGCUGUGUUUAAUGUUGAAGAAAAAAUCGAGAAGAAUGCGAGACAAACUGCCCCUCAGCCAGAUUCCGACCGUUUCUAAGGAAAUCAAAGAAGUUAGGGUGGAGCAAGUGUCCACCAGUGCAUUUGCUCCCCGUGAUGGCAUCCUUCUCACUAUUCAGGACAAAUCCAGUGACAAAGAAUCGGAUAAAGUGCUUGUACAUCUCGGCAUGGAGAAACUGUACAAAGGAGAUAAUAGCAGCCACUCUGGGUCAUUUCAUCGUGUAGACAGAGACGGUUAUGGAUCCCAAUCAGGAGACGAAUCGAACUCUGGCAUUGUGACUGUUUACAAACCUUCUUCGUCACACCCGAUAACCGCUCCUUCACCUUUGUCUGGCUUGCCCGAAUUUUCGCACUUGGGCUGGGGUCACUGGUUUACGUUGAGGGAUCUUGAGCUAGCAACAAGCCGGUUUUCCAAGGAAAAUGUCCUUGGUGAGGGAGGUUAUGGAGUUGUUUACAGGGGCCGUCUUAUCAAUGGGACUCCCGUGGCAGUUAAGAAAAUUCUGAACAAUGUGGGCCAAGCAGAGAAAGAAUUUAGAGUGGAAGUCGAAGCCAUUGGGCAUGUGCGCCAUAAGAAUUUGGUUCGUCUUCUUGGGUACUGCGUGGAAGGGACACAUAGGGUGUUGGUGUACGAGUAUGUCAACAAUGGAAACCUGGAGCAGUGGCUUCAUGGAGCUAUGCGCCAGCAGGGAUAUCUCACUUGGGAAGCUCGAAUAAAGGUUCUGCUUGGCACAGCUAAAGCUCUAGCUUACCUGCAUGAAGCCAUAGAGCCUAAAGUUGUUCACCGAGACAUUAAGUCGAGCAAUAUAUUGAUCGAUGAUGAAUUCAAUGCCAAGGUGUCUGAUUUUGGUUUGGCCAAGUUGCUGGGUGAAGGGAAAAGUCAUGUCACAACUCGAGUUAUGGGAACUUUUGGGUAUGUGGCUCCCGAGUAUGCAAAUACUGGCCUUUUAAAUGAAAAGAGCGAUGUCUACAGCUUUGGUGUGGUUCUACUUGAAGCAAUCACUGGUAGAGAUCCUGUUGACUAUGGACGUCCAGCCAAUGAGGUGAAUCUGGUUGAUUGGUUGAAAAUGAUGGUCGGCAGCCGCCGGUCAGAAGAGGUGGUUGACCCUAAUAUUGAGGUUAGGCCCUCAACUAGAGCCUUGAAGCGAGCCCUUUUGACAGCUUUGAGGUGCGUUGACCCAGAUCAUGAAAAGAGACCCAAGAUGGGCCAAGUUGUCCGAAUGCUUGAAUCCGAGGAGUAUCCAAUACCAAGAGAGGAUAGAAGGCACCGUAGAACCCAGGGAGGUAGUAGCAUGGAGAUGGAUUCCCAGCGGGAGAUGUCUGACACGGACCGGAGCGACUAUCCAGGUUCAAGAUCAGAAAGCAAAGCGUAUCAGCGAACGUGAAAGCAACAGAUCUACAUGGACUGUUUCUCCAUAUGGGAACCAAGGGCUGAUGCAGUAUUCAUGACACUUCUCUUCCCCAUUUUCCAAUUAGAUGGUGAUUGUUAAGCAUGGGGUUUGGGAAGGGACAUGAUCAUUCUUUUGUUUUUUUCGUUUUCGGGUCUUUUCUGUAGAUGAUGAAUGAUUGUUGCCUAUGUGUGGAAGUGGAGAGUACUGAAAAGAACCUUAGCAUAGAGGGUGUGUGUGUACAGAUGGUUAGCAUCCAAAGAUCGAUUGAUUAAAUGCUUCA